AUGGCACAACACGAGCGCUUGUACAUGGAAAGAGACAAUGAUAUUGAUUAUGAUGUUAUUGGUGAGAGAGACCGUCAACAUAAUGAUGCUGCACUUACGCUUUCUUCAAAGGACGACGAAAAACAACUGUUCAAGUCAAAUGAAUCCAGUACAAAAUGUGAUGUACGCUUGUCAGAAACACACAAGGAAUUUCAAUGUCCAAUUUGCCUAGGCAUCAUCAAAAAGGCCAAAAUAGUAAAGCAGUGCAAACACCGGUUUUGCAAAGAAUGCAUUGAAAAAGCAUUCCGCCUUAGCAAUCAUGAAUGUCCAAUUUGUCGUGUACACUGUCCAAGUAGACGUGCUCUAAUGGAUGAUAUGGAAUUUGAUUCAAAGAUUGCUAAUUUAUUUCGAUGCAAAGAAACAUCGGAUAAAGAGGAAAUGACUUUAAAUGAGAUCAACAUAGAGAUUGAGAAGGCAAAGCAAAAAGCUUAUAAAUCAAUUCUUGAGAAGCAACAUGUUGCAGCUUCAAUGAGCACCAAAGAUAGUGGGGUCAAAGAAAUUAUAGAAUCCAGUAGAAGAAGUGAGGUUGAACAACCAAUUCCUCAAAACAAUGUUCUUGCAUCUCCUAAUAACUUGAUGGAUUUUAUUAGAUCUUCUUCACUUGUAUGGGAAAGAAGUGGCCAAAGGAGGAACAAUCGACCAAUCGCUGAUAAUCCUACUGCAAAUGGAAGCAACCGCAUCUCCAAAUUAAUCGACCAUCUUCGUAACCUUAGCCGAGAAAAUAAAGAUGAGCUGGAUGUUUUUGUCAAGUUUAUCUCUUUUGAAGAGGAAAGAGUCCAAAAUUUGGGGAUGCCAUACCUUCUCUGCAAGCCUACCAUGUCAAUCAGUCAACUGCGUGAGUACGUUGCAUUAGAAACUUCUUUGCAAACUGAAGAAGUUGAAUUGUACGUAAUUAAAGAGUGUCAACCCAACAUUAUAGUUGGAGAUGCAAAAUUUGACCCAAGUGACAUUAAGUCAGAAUUAUUAGCAAAAGAGGAAGAAAUUUUGGCUCAACUCAUUCCAGAAAACCUCAAUCGCGGCCAUUUGGUCGUAGCUUACAAGAAGAAGAUGUGGGACUUAAACAUGGCAUUAUGUUGA